AUGGCUGAACAAACAGAGAAGGCGUAUCUCAAGCAACCCAAAGUGUUUUUAUGCUCGAAGAAAUCUGGCAAGGGGAAGAGGCCUGGAAAAGGUGGAAAUCGCUUCUGGAAAUCCGUUGGUCUUGGAUUCAAGACUCCCAAAGAAGCCAUUGAAGGAACCUUUAUUGACAAGAAGUGUCCAUUCACUGGCAAUGUUUCCAUCCGGGGUCGUAUCAUAGCCGGAACCUGUCACAGUGCCAAAAUGAAUCGGACUAUUAUUGUCAGGAGGAAUUAUCUUCACUUCAUUAAGAAAUAUCAGAGGUAUGAGAAGAGGCAUUCAAACAUUCCAGCUCAUGUCUCACCUGCCUUCCGUGUUAAGGAAGGCGAUCAUGUCAUUAUUGGUCAAUGCAGGCCACUCUCCAAGACAGUGAGGUUCAAUGUGUUGAAAGUGAUCCCAGCUGGGUCAUCUAGUGGUGCAAAGAAGGCAUUUUCAGGCAUGUGA